CCGUCUUCAGCUAGUCUGACGCAGCCAAUCACAUUUGAGCUUCCUUCCGGGUUGUGCACAGGUGAUCAGGGCAACGUGUUCUUGUCGCAGGGCUAACAUUUUGAGGUGGUUAAGUAAACUAGCUGUGUCUCACCCUAAAAAUGGCCAAAAGUCUUCGGAGCAAAUGGAAGCGAAAGAUGCGGGCGGAGAAGAGGAAGAAAAAUGCCCCCAAGGAGCUGGCUCGACUCAAACAGGCUCUGAGUCUGGAUAAAAAAGGAGAAGCAGAUAUGAGCGACCUGCAGGACAUCGCCACGGUGGUACCGGCCGACAAGAUAACGAAGCAGACUGAUGUUGAGAUGGCAGCACAGGAGGAGGAGUGUGACGGGAAGAUGGACAUGGACAAGAAGCGCAGCAAGAAAACUCUGUUGGACGAACAUGGACAGUAUCCUGCAUGGAUGAGCCAGCGGCAGGCCAAGAAAAUGAAAGCCAUACGGGUGACUAAGAAAACGGGCAAGGUCAAGAAGAAGAAGGGAAUCGCCUGGUGAAGCAAAUCGAGGCGUUUGGUUUCAAAGACUUGGGAUGUAAUAAUUCUUCUUUGCUGGAAGACUCAUGGAUGCAUGAAAAGCCUGAAAUUCUGCAUUUUUUCUUAUGGGACAGCAGCUUUUUUAUGAGCCAAGAGCCGGUCUUGUUAACAGAAGACACACCAGGGGCCUGUUAUGUUUAAAAUGAAAUAAAGGACCCUGAAUAAAAGGUGA